AUGUCCAAUCUGUUCUGUGUCUUGCGCGACAUGCGGGUUCAGCUCUGGAGCGAUAGUACCCGCACACGAGUCCCUCCCGGGUUUGACGAUGCUUUAACCAAGGUAUGCGAAUCUAAAGAGUCGCCCGAGAGGCGGCUGCUGGAGCAGUCUGUAGUUGCCUGGGCGUCCUUGCUCUUUAGCAGGAAUACGUGUAAUUUAUUGAAUCAGCUUUCCCUGAGGGAGGAGAAACUACUUUUUAAGAUCAUUCGAGCGACACCACCCAGUGCCGCUACCAAAGACCGCAUGCGACAGCUUUUUGCUCCCAAGCAACGCCAAGAUCUGCUCAAAAGGGCAGGCCUUGAGAGGCUACUUGAUUUUGAACACGCUCCUAAACGAAGUCAAAAGCGAAAGAGCCGCGAGGCACAGCAAGAGGCACCCAACCACAUCGCCUCCCCGGAGAAGAUGGAAACACCAGUGUCAGAACGUCGCGACCUCAGGAGCCCACGUACGGAGCACCUUCGUCACAUAUUCCAUCCAAGAAUGUGUGACCGCAUUCUGCAAGAAAAUGGCCAUGCAGAAGUCGCGAUACUUCAUGAUCCAGAUGUUACAAAGUGUCGCCUAAGAAUCAUUGUUUUGCCAGAGUCCAUCCCGAAUCUAGCAAUCAGACUAUUUGGGUGUACUCUUGCGGAGACGUCUACAGGAUGGGUUCUUCAGGUUGAACAGGGUCCUGAUGUAGAACUCGAAGACCGCGGCACUUUCAAGUUUUCUCGUGCAAGCGUGGACGCGGUCGGACUAUUGAUCGGGACACCUAUCCGCCAGUUGGUGGACCAUGGGAAUGAAAUGACGACGCUGCUUAGUCUAUAUGUUACUGGAACGCCAAAGUCUAACGGUGUAAUCGAGGUUGAAGCGCAUCCCGACAAACUCGAAACAAUCGCCUUGAAGCUCUGGCCUCUCUCACAGUAG